GUCAUCGGUCAUCUGUUGUUACAGACAAUCUUUGUUAACGCUCAACGUGCACGUGACACAACACGGAAGUUAGUGGUAUACCCUUGCGUCCUGGGAGAACUUUGUUUCAUUUAAGUUAUCGUUUAGUGUUUGCAAUGACUUUGGACGGAAUUACUGAGCAGAUAACUGGGAUUUGAGCAGUAAUGGCGGUGAACUGGGCCGAGAGGAUCUCUGCUUUCUCCCGCAGUCCGUCUCACUUCCUCUCCGGGACAACAGUUGAGGCUUUCUUGGCAGAGCUGCUCCGUGAGCUGCGAGAUGAUAGAGCCAGUUACAGUGUCAAGGUGCUCCUGCUGUCCCCUCUAUGUGAGCACCCAACUCUGCUGUGUACCUCAGACUCAGUGGGUGAGGAGACAGCCCUGGAACUCAUGUCGGUGUUCAUCCAGUGUCCACCCAAGUCUGUCCAGUUUCGUUGUCAGCUCCUACUAGCCCUCACCUCUGUGCUUGUCUGCACCUGCUGCGUGAGCAGUCGUUCCCGUGCAUCUCAGGACUUCGUGGACCUGCUCCUUCAGAUAGCCCAGGACACCACUGAUCUCCAAGGUGAUGGUGCCCUUCGCUCCCUACGAGCCACAGCUUGUGACUGCCUGCGGGAGCUGGAGGCCUGCUCUCCAGGCCUUCUCUCCCAGCGCCUUGAGCUCUUAAGUGGGCUCAGGCAGCGAGAAGCCUCGUGGCUCCAUCAGGCCUGUGCAGGACUUCAUACUCUGGUGUUAAGGAAUGCUGUGUAUCAGCUCACCCAGGAACCUGGAGCUGUUGCUGAGCAUCUUAAGGCUCUUCUGGGAGGAAAUACAUCAGCUGCAUGGGAAGCAGAGCAAGACUUGGGCCCGAUCAAUAAUGAGGACUCAGCCAUACUGUCUUCCCUUGUCCUUGGACCCAUGGGUACAGUGCCCACUCUUCAGACAGGGCCUGAUUGCAAGGAGUUGCGUUCAGUCCUGUCCUGCCUCCUGGAGGAGUCUUACCUCCUCACUCCUCUGUGUCAGGCUGCACUGCUACAUAGACUGAUAGAAGUGGUUGCCAUGGUGCCUGGUGUCCCUCCAUCUGUACUCAGAUCACAGCUGCUGCGACUGCUGGGCACAAGCGAGGUCUGCCUCCUUCACACCACUCUGCUGAUGAAGUGUGCGUUCACAGAUAGCCUGUUCAGCGCUGAAGAUGAAGCUUUCAUGCUAAAGCGGCUGGUCGUGCUAUCCCAGCACCCACUGCUGAGUACACAAGAGAGGCUUUUCUACAUGGACUGUAUACUGCACUUUCCUGAGAAUCGGCCAAUCAGCUGCGGUGAUGGUGACGAGACCCUCCCUGUGCUGCUGACACCACGACUGGCCUCGACUCUGGUGCCCACUGUGUUCAACGACAGCAACACUAUGCUGGCCCGCCUCAACCUGCUGUCUCUGGUCCACCUGGAGGAGGAAGGGGAAGGGGAAGGGGAGGAGGGCAGGGGUCUGGCCUACCUCUUUGAACACCUCUGCUCACUGCUACACAUUGUGGAAUAUGGAGGUAGCCGAGAGAUCAUUGUUACCUUCUUCAGAGCUGCUUUCCUCUUCCUUUUCUACUUUUGCCACAUCGAGCGCUACUCGAACAACCUGGCAGAGAAGCUUUGUAAGCUCUACCUCCGCCACACCUACCUGGCCCCGCACCUCAUUAACCUGGCAGACCAGACCCAGACUCAGAUCACUGAGUCCAAUUGGGCUGUAGGGCUCCUGAAGAGUCUCCAGAGAGUCAUCACUGAGGCCCCACUCACCCAGCUCACCUUACAAGACCUCAGCUGGCACCUCAAGAUGCUAGCAAGAGUGGCAGAAGAAGGAGAAAUCCUCCAGCACAGCACGCUCAGCUUCCUGGCCAGGGUCAGCACUUCAUCUUCCUCUUCCCUCUGUACGAGCGGUGACUGGUGUCUGGGGAACAACCUGCUGAGGGUUUGCCGUCACCUCCUCGUACACCCGAGCCUGGACUCCCUGCUCAUUCCCCUGGCAGACGUCCUUCAGCACCUCACCUGCCACUAUGGAGACAUCGAUAUCCAGGACCACAGCCGCCUCUACUACACUCUCCUGACCACGCUGUCCCGAGAGAAGCUGGCUGGUGUGUUGGCACAGGGUUUGGCUGAGAGAGGGCAGCAGGUCAAGAAGCGAUCAUUGUCUUGCAUCAUGGCCGAAGGCGAGGGGCUCACGGGCAUUCUAACCAUUCACCAAACUGAGAAAGCCAUAUUCAAGCUGAUUGAGGGCCAUCCUGAGCCACAAGAAGAAACUGAUCAAGAAAGUGACAAAAGCCAGAAUGAGCCAGAGAGCUGCCUGGGAGAGGCGAAAGCAGUCCUCGAAGUCUACAGAGCUCAGUUUGAUGACUCUGGCUUUGCCUCAGAAAUCAUCUUAAACUACCAGCUGACUCAUAUUGGAGGCGAUGACUCCCGCUUUGAUCAGCUCUUCAGCAUCCGCCUGCGCUUCAACCUCACAGAUGACCACUAUGAAGAACUGAGCGACAUCAGCGUCCCAUGUCUGUUCAGAGAGAGACCACCACCCAAGGUGAGACUGAGGCUAAAACCCAGGCGACCCUACCCCACUACCCUCCAUGCCAGCGCUAUCUUCACCACCCAGGACGGGCUGUCCUGGCUCACCAUCCUGCCGGACAUCCGUGUGUCUUUCCAGCAGGUCUUCACAUCUCCGCCUGCUCCCCCAGCCUGGGGACGACAUGGCAAGCUGAGCUUGUUCGAGGAUUUAUGGGAUGAGAUGAGCUCUGAGCGCAGAGAGAAGGACCCGUCGGAUUGUGCGAUUAGCCUGUUCUGCUGCCAGCUGAAGGAGGCAGCUCUGAUCACCUUGGUGGAGAAACACUUCUCCCCAUACCUUAUAUCAGACCCGCGUGAUGAAAAAGAGUUCAAAGUGCUCAUCUUCCUCCCACCCCACUCUCACAUGCUGCUGAAGAUCAGGUUGGAGCAAGAUGCUGUGCACUUCAACAUCGCCACAGAUAACUGGCAGCUUCUGCCUCACAUAAAUUCUUAUUUACUGACAAUCACAUCCUCACAGAAGAACACUCACACCUAACUGUGAUGCAUCUUAUGGUUUUGUUUUGAAUUUAAAAGAAAAGCAGAGUUUUAACAAAAUCUUUGUAUUUCUCAUCACUUUAAUAACUCCAGUUCUACUUAAACUUAAAUUGCUUGGAAACAGUUGAUUUAAAAUAAAGUUCUGAAACUUCUGUCCCUAAAUUUAGCAAAUCUGUAAAAUUAAAUAUUUUGUCAUUCUAUUUACCAAAUACAGUCAAAACAGUUCACAUCUUAUUGGUUGCAGUUUAUAAAUGAAGACAAAAUAUAUAAUUGAUCUCAUAAGUUGCACAGGAUUUCACUGAUAGAUGGCUCCACCAAAGUUUCCUGCUAUAUAAAUCUAAGUUCCAGAAACAGCUGAAUGUAGGCCACAUUAACGGCACCCUGUGAACUUUCUAACCACUAGUACCACUACUGAGCAACAUGGUGUCCACAUUUCUUUCUUUUCUUUUUAAAAUCAUACACACAGUUCACAUCCUGGUUUUGGUUUUAUGCUAUGUGCUGAUCUCCAGCUGUUACUGGAAACACAUCAACAGAGGCAAUGAAGAACAAUGCAGCCAGCAGCUAACAUGGAUGUAAAUGGCGAAUCAUUAAAAAAAACAAAAGAUUAAA